CGUGAAUUCGUGACGUAGACUCAGUAUUAAAUUUUCAUUAUCAAAAAAGUUUUGAAUACCUACCUAUAAUUUAUUAUUAUAUUAUUGGCUAAUGUUUAUUUUGUGACGAAAUCCGAAGUAAAAUUAUACGUCGUUGAAACAUUUUAAGAACAUAAUAUUGAAAAAGUAAAAAAUACCCAACACUUAUAAUUUUUAACAGUGCAUAAAUCAUUUAAUUUUAAGAAUAAAAAAUCUAGGUAAAUAUAUAUAUAUAUAUUAUAUUAUGUAAUCAUUUUACCUACAUAUUCAUUUUUUAAUUUCUCUACAUAUUUGAAUAUUUACACAAACUACGAUUUUUUAACAGCCGUCAAUAUGGUGAAAUUGUUUGCUAUGAGUGUGUUGUAUAAAGGACCCAAUGAAGCAACACUAUUAAAAGCAGCAUUUGAACUACAAUCAUUUGGUUAUUUUCAACGUAAAAGUGUACAAGAGUUUAUGAGUUUUGUAACCAAAACAAUUGCAGAACGUACAGCUAUUGCUGCUCGACAGUCUGUAAAAGAAAAAGGUUUGAAUUGUUAUAUUUUUAAUUGCAUUUUAAAUAAUUAUAGUUAUGUAAUAUUUUAGAAUAUAUGUGCCAUGUUUAUGUACGGGCGGAUAAUCUGGCCGGUGUUUUGAUAUCUGAUGAUGAAUAUCCACCUCGUGUUGCCCAUACACUGCUUACAAAGGUAAAUUAAAUUAAAAUGUCAUAGUGACUUAUGAUUUUAAUACUGUAGUUUGGAAUCAAUAGGUGUUUUUUCAAAUUUAAAAAUUAUUUAUUGUUAUACAAUUAGAGAAAUUUUUUUAUGCCUUAUAGAAAGACUAUAAGAGAGUGGUCCUAUUCGUUCAAUAACCAUUGUGUUUAAUGCAAAUAUGAAUAAUUUAAGUAUGCAUUUUUUAUUUUAAAUUGUAGUAAACCAAUAAAUCCCUGUUUAUUGUGUGUAAAAUAUCUAGUUUUGUGUGAAAUACAGCGUCAUAGUGACUGAUAAUAUGUCGAAAAAUAGAAAAGUGUCUAUGUGUUAGCGACUUGUCUUAAUAAUUUAGUCUCUCUAAUUUACUAUAUGUAUACUCAGUUAAAUACCUACCUAAUAGUUAUUAUCAUUUAAUUUAGACUUUGGAUGAAUUUACCGCAAAAGUCCCACCAUAUAAUUGGUCAAAACUUAAUGAAACUCAAGUAACAUUCAAUGAACUAAAUGUGAUGUUGGCCAAAUAUCAAAAUCCCAAGGAAGCUGAUGCUAUGACAAAAAUUCAACAAGAUUUAGAUGACACGAAAAUUAUAUUGGUAAUAAUAAAUAUUCUUAUUAUAAUAGGAAUUUAAAUCAAUUAUAUUUAUUUAUUGUUUCUAUCAUAAAAAUUGAUUUAAAUUAUUUUUCUUAUCCAUACUUAAAUACCUAAUACACAAUUAAUAGUUAUUAUAAUUAUUUAUUUAUUAAGUUAAUACUUUAUAAUUUUAAAUAACUUAAUGUCACCUAUGAUUCACAAAUACUAAAAAGUUAGAAUAGGUAUGUAAUAGAAAAUUGUUUAUGAUGUUUAUGAUUAUUGAUUAAUGAUUAGUAUUCAUUUUUCCAAAAUCAUUCUGUUAGAAUUAUUGAUAGUGCAAUCUGUAAGACAUCAAAUUUUUUUCAAUGUAAUGUAAGUGAUUUAGAGUAUAAUGAGAACAAGAAUUAUAAAAUAAUAAAUAGAGUGCAAAACAAUUUUUAAAGCGGUUUUUUCUAAUUCUUAUUUCAUAAUUAUUUUUUAUGGAGACUGUGGGUUUCCUUUUAUUUUUCAAAAAUGUAUAGUUUAGUAAAGUUGUUUGUUGUAAACUCAUUGAUUGUAAUUUUUAUGUUUAUUUUGAUAAAUAAUAUACUUAUAUUUUAGCACAGUACAAUUGAAGCUGUUUUGGAACGUGGAGAAAAACUAGAUGAUUUGGUUGCUAAAUCUGAAGGAUUAAGUAUGCAGUCCAAGGCAUUUUACAAAACUGCUAAGAAAACAAAUGCUUGUUGUCGAAUGUAAUGCAAGGAAUUUGAUGGUAAACAAGAUGACUUAACUGGUUUUUAAUUAUAUAAUUUGUAAUAUCCAGUUAGUCAACACAAAUAUGACUACUUAUGAGGAUAUUUGAAAACAGCGUUAAGGCUUAUUAAUUAUUAUUACAUUCCAAUUCCAUCCCAAUUUAUAUUUUAUUUUAUAUUUUGUGAAAGUGUGUUCAGUACUUUUUAUCCACGUUUGGAAAUGUACAGCCCAAUAAUAAACAAAACUGUAUUCAUAUUAUUAAAUAAUGUGGUCUUCGAUUUAAUGUAUGUAGAACUAUUCUGUAGUAUAAACAUGUAAUAUUUUUAAUCUUAUAAAAUGUGAAUUAAACUCUUGUUAUAAUUUAUCGAUUAGAUUUUAUUAAUUAAUUUAUAACUGUGACACAUAAAAAAUAAUGUAAAACAAAAUAAAAGUAAUUAAUUAUAAUAAGAAAUAGUAUCUACAUAUUUCCGAAUUUCCUCUGCAUUUAAUAAAAGAAAAAAGAAUUUGUCAAUUUAAUUUGAACAGUACAAAAUUAAAAGCUAAUACAAAUAUUUUCAAUACAGUUUGAAUUUCAAUUGUUAUAAUAUUUUAUAAAAUGCUAAUUUUUUUUUAAAAAAUGGUUUUCCAACUUUGUCUUUAUGAAACUAAAUUUUAGUGCGCCUAUGUAUUAUAUGAACUAUUAUUCUAUUGUGCUUUUGCUUAAAUGUCUUAUCACUCUUAACAUGAUGUAUUAAUAGAAAAAUAAAUAUGCAUGUUAUAAUUAUUUUAUGUAAACAUGUAACACUAUGAUUAAUGCAGUUAGGGGCAUAGCCAGAUUUAUCAAUUGUUGUGGGAGGGGGGUUAGGGGUCUACAACCUUCAUAACCUUACCUAUAGCAAAAAAAAAGCAAUGGAUGGGGUUACAACACAUAAACCAUUCUUGGCUACACAAUUGAAUGCAGUACUUAAUCAAAAUAUUGAUUGGAAUUAUAUAAUAAUUUAAUUAGAGUUGGCCAUUUGAUAUUUUGGCUUAAUAAAUAUGAAUUAUAAUAAUACUGAAUAAAUUAAGUUUUUUUUUUUUUUUAUGUUUAAAUGAUAUUUGUUUAUCCAAUAUUUUUGUUGACAAAUUAUUUUGCCUUCCAAAUAAUAUUAUUUUCUUUUAUUAUGUAAUAUUUUUAUGUUUAAAUCGAUGAAAAAUGUCUAUUACAUUCUAUGUAAUAUAAUACUGUAUGAAUAUUGUGAUAUUUAUGUCAGUUAGUUAUUAACAAAACAGUUUUUUUUUAUUUUAUAUAGAACGGUUUUGUUCCUAUUAAAUAGGUAUUUUAAACCCAAAUCACACCUAAUUGUGGAUUAAAGAUUACAAAUACAAUUAUAAUAUUGUUAUGCAUUUUUAUUUCAUUGUUUAGUUUUUAUGUUUUGUAAAAUAAUUUGUUAACUGUGAAGUUAGUAGUUUUGUAAACUAAUAUAAUCUAAAUAUUAAAUUAGAUAUUAUUUAUAGCUUUUUAUUAAUAAAAUUGUUACAUUUUAAAAUUAUAAAAAGAAAUUUGCCAGGUUAUAAUAAUUAUUAGCUUUGGCUUUAUUAUUAUAUUAUUAUUGUUUUAUAUAUAUAUAUAUAUAUAUAAAUAUAUAUAAUUCUAAAAUGUUUUUUAUUUAUUAAUUGGUCUGAUGUUAAUGUAGACAAGUUAUGAUUUGUCAAGACUACAAACAAUAUUAUAUUGAUCACAAUUGCGUAUAUUUGAUAAUUUUAUUAAUAAUUGUAAUGACCAUAAUAAUAAAACAAUAAAACUAUAAAAUAUCCUAUUGUGGUUAAUGUACAUUGUCCACCAGUGUCAAAUUUAAUCUGGUACAUAGGAUUCCAAAAAAUAAGUUCAACCAAGGUCAGAAAUAUUAAAAGUAGGUAGCUGCUUCAUAAAAUAAAAAUAAUUUUAAGAUUUUUAUGUUACUUCUACUUUUAGAUUAGGAGCUUAACAAAGGAUCUAUUGGUUUUACUAUAAUGUGUUUUUUUUUUCUUAAUGUAAACAACUUCAAAAAUAAAUCUUGU